AUGGCCGACUCACUUCACCACAUCAACUCCCUCCCCGAACUCCAGACCCUCUUCUCCAACACUACAUACGUCGCGGUCGACUUCUACGCCGACUGGUGCGGCCCAUGUAAAACCAUCGCACCCGUCUACGCCAACCUCUCCAAGAAACACAGCGCCCCGGGAGUGUUAGGUUUCGCCAAAGUCAACGUCGACCACGCGCAAGACAUUGCACGGCAGUACCGUGUUUCUGCAAUGCCUACGUUUAUGUUUUUCAAGGAUGGGAAGCAGGUCGGGGUGAACGGGCAGGCGAUGAUUCAGGGCGCUGAUCCGAGGAGCUUGACAGCGGCAUGUGAGAAGUUGGGGGGAUUGGCGGCGAAGAGGGUGGAGGAGGGGAAGAAGUGA